AUGGCGGACCAGAUGGUAAACCAGCAUUGGAGGAUCGUAGGACCAACAUCGGAACAAUGGAGUGAGAUUAAGGAAGCUUUUACACAACUGUAUAUUGUAGAGAAUAGGAAAUUGAAGGAUGUCAGAGAUAUCCUCUCUAAGAAGCAUGGCUUUAAUGCAAGUGAAAAGAUGUUCAAAAGACGCAUAUUCGAUUGGAAAAUCCGGAAGAACUACAAGGCCAAAGACAAGGAAAUCAUUGCGAAGAAGGUCAAAGCAUGCGUAAAUGCAGGACAAGAUCUCCAUUCCUUGUCAUUUCAAGGUCGCCCCGUCAAGUUGGAUAGAGUCAAAAGGCACUAUCGCACUGAUAAAAGAUUUUCCCGAUUGUUGGACAACCUCUCACAAAGCCCUGAAGAUGUAACUGCUGGAGAAUCAACCAUAAAGGAAGACUCUCCUUCGAGAAGGAGUGGAACCAUAGGCCCAGCAAAAGAUCCUACGGCGAAUCUGGACCAAGAGAAAAUGUUUCUCGAUGACCCUCGCACCGGCUCAAGCAUCGCAACACUCUCUCGGAAUAUAAGUCCACCAACCGAUUUCUAUGCUGUCGAGUGUACACUGUUCCACACUCGAGAUGCCAUUCAAUGGCACUUCACCACUUUCAAGCCACUGAAGGUGAGAGAACUUGCACUCCGAUUUCCACGUACAGUCUCCGAGGAAGUCAAAACAGGUCGCAUCGACCAAGCCUCGGAAUUUUGGCUCAGUCUCUACCAUGGAUUCCAACAUCUCGAGACAGGAGACUCACAGGACGCGUGGAAGGCAUUUGACAGAUGCUGCCAGAUGGUUCAGCCCCUUCUGAUGUCGGCACCUUUACACCUAUUGUCAUGCUUGCUGCUACAUUUCGCGACGUCUUGGCAAGGGCUAAAUGAAUUGGAACACCACUUACUCGAGUUCGUCUCUUCCAUGGCCAGCAAUGUCCUUGGUUCAGACCAUCCUCUCGCACUAUCCUUGGCCAUGAUAGCCACCGCAGGCGUGCGCGACCAUGUCGUCGAAUCGAUAAUGGACCUGGUGACACAAGGUUAUCAAUCCCGACGGAAACCAGACAACUCAUCACUAUUCGCACUCCGCGUCGACCAGGUCGACAUGCUACGGAAACGCAAGAAAUUCCAACCGGCACUUACACUCUGCCAGCAGCUUGUCAAAGACAGCCAAAGGAUGCGAAAGAAACGAUAUAGGACUGCUCUGGCCACUCUGGGACGGAUCUACGCAGACCAAGGUGAGGGAUUUGCUGUGGAAUCGGUAGCGCACAGAAUCCUCGAUAGCGAAGCCUCUGAUACUGCAAAUGCAAAUAGCGGCGGUACGACGGCCUGGGCGUGCGAGCAGCUUGGUUCAUUGAGCCUGAACCGCGGCGAGUAUGUUGUUGCAGAAGCAUACCUGCGCCGUGCUGUCCUCAUGACGGUCCAACGAUGUCCCAAUCGUGGUCCGUCGAUGAUGUUCCUUACCGAGAGGUUAGCCACUUGCUUGCAACUGCAAGGCAAGCUGGCCGACGAUGUUGGGCGCUCACACAGACGAGGAGGCUUUUCAAACGGCUUUCAGGACCGUUGA